AAUGUUCCAUUAUUAUGGCCUCCAAUGUUCCUUAUCUCUGCCAUUCUCAUAUCUACCUAUUCCUUCAUUGGACCUUCCAACCAUGGCUUCUCUAUUUCUUUAUCACAAUUUCUCCCAAGAAUAAUAUACUCAAAUUUCUACCAAUUCAACCUUAAUCAUCAACUUCUAUGUCCAAAACCUAACCAGUUCCUCUUAGAAUCAAGAAUCUUGGAUAAUCAUGAAGAGGAAUCGUCAAGAAAAUUGUGGUGGCGGCGCGGGCUGCGGUGCUGGGGAAAGCGAUAUGAAAUGUGAAAAUCUAUCGAAGGCGAAGAUGCGGGAAGAUGAGCAAGAUGCAGGCGGCAUGGAUGAGUUAAUGGAGGUUUUGGGUUACAAGGUACGGACUUCAGACAUGGCUGAUGUGGCUCAGAAGCUGGAACAGUUGGAGAUGGUUAUGGGUACUGCUCAAGAAGAUGGGAUUUCGCAUCUCGCCACUGACACUGUUCACUACAAUCCCUCUGAUCUCUCUGCUUGGGUCGAGAGUAUGCUUUCCGAAUUGAACAACAACAACACUUUCGAUACUCAACCUCGCCCAAUUCAACAUCCUGCCGAAUCUUCCUCCUUCAAGCCGUCAAGAAUUUUCAACGAUGAUUCCGAGUAUGAUCUCAGAGCAAUCCCCGGCGUUGCAGCGUACCCGCAACCGGAUACAGAGGCUGAAAACAACCGCAAAAAGAUUAAAACUGAGAUUAGUCCUAGUGGGGCAUCAGGUAGCGGAGGAACUGGUUCAAUUACUGAGUCAACACGUCCCGUGGUGGUGGUUGAUUCGCAAGAAGCGGGGAUUCAACUCGUCCACACACUUUUGGCUUGUGCAGAAGCAAUUCAGCAAGAUAAUUUGAAACUGGCUGAUGCGCUGGUGAAGCACAUAGGUAUACUUGCUGCAUCGCAAGCGGGUGCCAUGAGAAAAGUUGCCACUUAUUUCGCCCAAGGUUUAGCAAGAAGAAUCUAUCGAAUAUACCCUAAAGAGGCUCUUGAAUCGUCUUACAACGACAUCCUUCAGAUGCACUUCUAUGAGACUUGCCCGUAUCUAAAGUUUGCUCAUUUCACCGCUAAUCAAGCUAUUCUUGAAGCCUUUGCCACUGCUAAUCGAGUGCACGUCAUUGAUUUCAGUCUUAAGCAAGGUAUGCAAUGGCCCGCUUUAAUACAAGCUCUUGCAUUAAGGCCCGGUGGCCCCCCCGCCUUCCGUUUAACCGGCAUCGGCCCGCCUCAGCCCGACAACACCGACGCUUUGCGAGAGGUCGGCUGGAAAUUAGCCCAAUUAGCUGAAACCGUUGGUGUUGAAUUUGAAUUCCGCGGAUUCGUUACCAAUAGCCUUGCCGAUCUUGAACCUGAAAUGCUCGAUAUUCGGCCUGAAGUUGAAACCAUUGCUGUUAAUUCCGUCUUUGAACUUCACCGUCUUUUGGCUCGUCCCGGUGGGAUCGAAAAGGUUGUGUCAUCGAUUAAAGCGAUGAAGCCUAACAUUAUCACAAUUGUUGAACAGGAAGCUAAUCACAACAGUCCCCUUUUUUUGGAUCGGUUCACUGAAGCUUUACAUUAUUACUCGAGUUUGUUUGACUCGUUGGAAGGGUCUUCCGUGGCCCUGGCGAGUCAAGAUUUGUUGAUGUCGGAGGUGUAUUUAGGGAGACAAAUUUGCAAUAUUGUGGCGUGUGAAGGCUGUGAUAGAACAGAGAGACACGAGACGUUGACUCAGUGGCGAACUCGGUUGACUUCAGCUGGGUUUGACCCGGUUCAUCUGGGUUCUAAUGCGUUCAAACAGGCGAGCAUGUUGUUGGCGUUGUUUGCAGGUGGCGACGGGUACAGGGUGGAGGAGAACAACGGUUGUUUACUGCUGGCGUGGCACACUCGGCCACUCAUCGCCACGUCGGCGUGGAAACUGAGUUCUAGUGAGUGGGUACAGCGUUAAAGUCCGAGUCCAAUCAGGAAUGGAAUGUUUAGUACUGUUUAGUGUAAGUGAGCGAGUGAUAAUGGAGGUUGAAUUGACCUGAACUGAAGAACCGAUCGUAGUGUGUAAUUUCGGUAUUUUUUUUUUUUUAUUUUUAAAAUCCGAUGGAUUGAGAAUCUAUUUUCAAUAAAUAGGAUGAGUUCAGUUGAGAAUAAAGGUUUCAUUAGUUUUA